AUAAACAUAUAUUCCAAAAUAUUCAUAUCGAGUACAAUAUUCCCUGUAUCGAAUCUGUGUGCACGAGUGCAUUUGCUUAUCACAUUAUAUCCUCUCACUUCACAACUGUCUGUCGAAAAAACAUAUACAGUUUCAACCAAUCAUAUUCUAUAUAAAGGCCCUUAGGCAACACAAAGCACCAAGUGAAACUAAUGCUAAACAGUUCAUAACAUUUUAAGAACAUGGAGGGUUCUUGGACUAUGGUUGCCACAGCAAUCCUGUUCUUGUCAUUCUUAUUAGUUUUGUUCCGAUUUUUUGGUAGCAGCAGAAGAAAAUGUUCCGGGGGCAGAGCAAAUGAGACCUCACUACCAUUGGGAGCUCAGGGAUGGCCUUUAGUUGGAGAAACCUUGGAGUUCAUCUCUUGUGCUUACACAGAUCAGCCUGAGACUUUCAUGGACAAGCGUCGCCGCAUGUAUGGCAAGGUGUUCAAGUCACACAUAUUCGGAAGUCCUACAAUUGUUUCCACCGACGAAGAAGUUAGCAGAAGUAUUUUACAGGGUGAUUCAAACACUUUUGUGCCUUCUUACCCGAAAUCUCUUACCAUUCUGAUGGGAGAAUCUUCUAUUCUGCUUAUCAAUGGAUAUUUGCAAAGAAGAAUUCAUGGACUCAUAGGCUCCUUCCUCAAGUCUCCAAAUCUUAAAGCUCAGAUUACUCGCGAGAUGCAGAAAUUUGUUCAAGAAUCAAUGGAGAGUUGGGACGAGGAUCGUCUUAUUUACAUCCAAGAUGAAACCAAAAAGAUUGCCUUUCAAGUACUAGUGAAAGCUUUAAUAAGUCUGGAUCCAGGUGAAGAGAUGGAGUUUUUAAGAAAACAGUUUCAAGAAUUUAUCGCAGGCCUCAUGUCGUUGCCUAUAAAUCUACCUGGAACUAGACUUUACAAAUCAUUACAGGCAAAGAAGAAAAUGGUGAAGUUAGUGCAGAAGAUUAUUGAAGCUAAAAAGAAGGAUGAGUCGUGUAAAGUGCCAAAAGAUGUAGCCGAACUUUUGCUAAGUGAAAAUGUAGCAGAUGAAAUUAUUUCUGAUAAUAUGAUUGAUUUGAUGAUACCGGGAGAAGAUUCAGUGCCUGUCCUUAUAACUCUUGCUAUAAAAUACCUUUCGGAUUGUCCUGCUGCUCUCCAGCAGUUGUCGGAGGAGAAUAUGAAGUUGAAAAACCGAAAAGAUCAGACAGGGGAGGAGUUGAUAUGGAGCGAUUACUUGUCAUUGCCAUUCACACAAACUGUGAUAACAGAAACUUUAAGACUAGGAAAUAUCAUCAAUGGUGUGAUGAGAAAAGCAAUGAAAGAUGUGCAGAUCAAAGGGGGUUACGUGAUCCCUAAAGGAUGGUGUGUUUUUACGUAUUUCAGAUCAGUUCACUUGGAUGAAAAUCUGUAUGACUCUCCACAUAAGUUCAAUCCAUGGAGAUGGCAAGAUAGGGACACAAGUGGCUGUAGCUUCACUCCUUUCGGAGGUGGACAAAGGUUAUGUCCUGGCCUUGAUCUUGCCAGACUGGAAGCUUCUAUCUUCAUCCACCAUUUUGUCACUCAAUUCAAGUGGACAGCUGAAGAUGAUUCGAUCGUAAACUUCCCAACAGUGAGAAUGAAAAAUAAAAUGCCAGUAAGGGUCAAAAGAAGAAGCAGCCAACAAGCUUUUAGCCUAGAAAGCAAACUCAACUCUGAAGGAUCUUGCAAACAAUGAUACUCAGACAGAUGAUCAAAUUGCAAGACCACAAAAAAGGAAAUAGUAUAAAACAUAAAGUUGGUUGCAGUUCACACGUGUGGAGGGGCAUCAGAUUGUGACACUUUUGUCCUGCUUAAAAUCUAUAAAUUUUGCACAUAUAUUAGUCUUAUAGUCUAUCUGUAGAUACAUAUAAUAUAGCUGGAUACAUAAUUACAUGUAUAAUUAUAUAUUUUUGUGGAAUGUAAGUCCAAUUUAUAUUUUUAUA